AUGGAGUGGGAGCUGAAUCUGUUGCUCUAUCUGGCGCUCUUCUUCUUCCUGCUCUUCCUCCUGUUCCUCCUGCUCUUCGUGGUCAUCAAGCAGCUGAAGAACUCGGUGGCCAAUACGGCCGGGACGCUGCAGCCUGGGCGCCUGUCGCUGCACCGGGAGCCCUGGGGUUUCAAUAACGAGCACGCAGUGUGACCGGGCUGGCAGGCUCUCAACACCGCCGGAGUCCAGGUCUGCGUCAUCAUCUGGACCCCGUUUGACGCCCUUCACUGGUGGAGCCCAGGACCAAAACUCCUAUCACAGCCUGGGAACCCAGUAAAGCUGGGGUGGUGGAAAUCUUGCAAAAGGCUGAGAACACAGAAGCUGCGCAGAGGAGAACUGCUGGUAAUUUAAACAAAAGGAGAAACAGGCCCAUCUAGGUUCUUACAUGGUCUCUAUGACUCCCCACAAGGAGAAGGAGGCCGGAAGGAAAAACAGAACAUGCCAAUGUAGAUGAUGCCUUCAACCAAAAUCCGAGCUCUCUAGAGAAGGACAAUGGUGGUGGAUCUUGGGUGUACAACAGGGAAUCUAUGCCUUGGUUACAAAGCACAGCUGUGCAGAAAUCAUAGUGUUCAAGAAAGAUGAAACUUGUGGUCCCCCACUCACAGCUUGUGGUUCCCUCACAGCCCCAAAUGUGGCUGAUCAGAGUGAAGAUGUCUCCCAAGUUCUCAGGAAAUGUUUGUCAGGAUUGGCUCUCUCUCUGGCAGUUGUCUUCCCCUGUACCAGGAUUUUCUAAGUGAGUACCCGGGAAGCUUGC